AAAAAAAAAACGCCUUUUUUCUUGAUAAAAAAAAAAAGUCUCCGUAACGGUUGUCAACAUGCGGAACAACCCUGAUAUUCCUAACGAACUCUACUAUCUUGACGAGAAUUUCUCUAUUGGGUCACUUCGAAAAUAUCAACUCAAAGAGAUUCUAGCGGCUCACGAUAUUCCCUAUUUAUCUAGCAUUACGCGUGUGGAUCUCAUUAAUUUAUUUAAAAAAAACAUUGAACCCCGUCGUAAUGAAAUCCUGCAAGAGUAUAAGCAAAGGGAAGCAGAACGUUUAGAGGCUGAAGCCCACGAAACCUACGGUCGAGGCGGUCGUCGAGCUCAAAGGAAACAUCAAUCCGAACUCGAUCGAUUGCAACAUUUACUUCAUGAAAAGGAUGCAGACGGAUUUACUAUUCCUCAGACACCUUCCUCUAGAAAACAUUUUAACCCUGAAGACUCAUUUGCUUCUGAAGACGACGAUGAUGUUUAUAUUCCUAAACAGAGACCCAUAAAACCUCCCAAGUCAGCAGCUAAACCCAGUACAAGCUCCCCUAAACCCAGUACGAGCACCUAUAAACCAAAGAAACCUGUCGUUAAACCCAACGGCAAGCAUUCCAAGAAAUCCACACAUGUUGCAUUUAAUCCUGAGGAUUCAUUUGCUUCUUCCGCAGCAGAAGAAGAGGAAAAUUUCGUACCUUUGACCACUCAAUAUUACAGUGAAGAAGACGACCAUGAAAGCAAAGUUGAACGAGAGUCACCAGAGGAGGAAAAAGAGGAGGUGAAGGAGGUAGAGGAGAAAGUAGCGGCGGAGGACGAAGAAGAAGAAGAAGUAGCGGUGAUGGAAGAAGAAGAAGAAGCGGUGAUGGAAGAAGAGGACGAAGACGAAGAUUAUAAUGCAGAUACAGACGAUACAGACGAGGACGAAGAUGUGGGCCAAGUGGACCAAGAAGAGCUAGUUUUAUUAUACAAGGACCAAGCCGUACCACCUGAAGUAUUUGUAUCUUCUGGCUACCGUGAUAAACGUCAGACCUUGGCUGUAGCUACCGCUCGUUUCCAACAAUGGAAAGCGCGUUGUACACGUAUCCUUUACGGACUCUGUGCUGCGUACCUCUUGAUUGGUUCGAUUGGACUGGUGAUUACCUCCAUUGCACGCAAGAACAAUGGAUACUGUAAUACGUACCCAAAGGACGUGAAUCAAACGGCGAAUUCGAAUACGGGAUUUUUCUCAUUACUUCCUUCUUCCUGCAUUCCUUGCCCUGAUCAUGGUGUAUGCAAAGGAGGAGAAUUAACCUGUGAUGGUUUGUAUGAAAGAAAGACACCCAUUUAUAAUUUCCGUCACUUUUUGCCGAUUGCAGAUGAUUGUGUUCAUAAUUCGGCCUUGGGAAAGUAUAUUGCAAAAGUAGAACGCCAUAUCAAGUAUAAGUUGGCAACGGAACAAGGCAAAGCGACCUGUGAACAUUUAUUAGCUCAUCCCGAUCAUUUGCCACGAGAUGUUCCUCCUACGCGUGUCGCUGUGAAGGAUAUCAUGGACGAUUUAAACAGAUCCAUUCAAUCACAUUUACCUGCGGAUAAAAUGGAGGAAAUUCUUGUCAUUGCUUUAUCGGCUGUCUUGGAAGAUCCAAAAGUCCACUAUUGGGAAACUGAGAAUAAUGAACGUUAUUUGGGAACGGAUCAUUUGAUUCAACAAAAAAUGGCCGCUAAACAAAAAGUGAAUAAGAUGAUCCAAGCGGUGACGGAUCAAUUAAAGAAACAGUACGAUAAUCAUGCCAAAGAUCCAGCAAAGUACCCAUCACCUGCACUUUCUGCCUCCGAACUUCGAUCCUCCAUCGUGGAUAUCCAUGAUGCAAAGACAAUUAGGGAUUGGCAAAAGGUUUUAAAACAAAUGAUGGAUCAUCCUCAUAUUCGAAGAUCCUUUGUGGAACAAAGAGGAGAUCCUGUUGAAUACUGGGAAUUAACAGCUUAAAAAAGAAAAGAAAUUGUAAAUAAUAAUGCUUCACAAAAAAAAAAAAGUAAAAAAAAAAAUA